GAAAUUUCUGCGCCGACGCAAGAUCCACGCUGCUUCCACUCCUACGGCACGCUUCAAAGUUCAUCAACUCGUAUCGAAUCCCACCUUGAACUUCGACAAGAUGGAAGUCGACCUGCCCUUCGUCUGUGCCAUCCUGUUCUUUGUUCUUGCCAAUGCAUUCACGUUUCUCUUCGGCCGCGGUACUCACGUAUCCCCUCAGCGCCUCCUGGACGCCGACGAACAACGUUUCAACAUGCUGCAAGAGCAGGUCAAGGUCCUUCAACAGAAGAUUGCGGACCUUGAGAGCACCAAAGAAGGAUCCGGCAGCACGGGUGCCAAUCUCAAUGCUCUGGCAAGCAGGGUCGAAAGCCUUGAGUCGCAGUUGGCAAAAGCUAGCAAGGACAAUGAAGGCAAGACCAAGGAACUUGACCAACUGAAGCAAAAGAUUCUGAUACUGGAAGGCAGACAGGCUGAGGCUUCUCUAGUCAUGGAGAUGUCAGGGGAGGCGGAGGAGCAGCAGAUUGAGUCUGAGGUCAACAACCUUCAGGAACAAGUGACUUUGCUACAAGAAGAGAGCAUUGCUUUGCUUGCCGCACAAGUUUGUCACAUAAGUGAAGGGCUGGUCAAGCUUCAAAGAUUUUCUUGUCACGAAUUUGAGGCCACAUCCCUUCUGCUUGCAGAGAUGAAUGAGCGGAUGAUUCAAAGCAUUCUUGAUGGACAUCAUGACCACCUUGAGGAGCUUAGCAGCAGCUGCGCGGACCAUGGAGCGGACAGAAUUCAACAGGCAGAGCUCAAUGAAAGCCUAGAUGUUCUGCUUCAAACCAAUGAGGGACACGCCAGACUUGCUGGCCGCUGCUGCCGACACCCCCUGCGCGCGAUGGAGAUUGUCUCCAUCUUCUACUCCUCCAUGAAGAAAGCGGUGGCACAAAAAGUGGACGCGCUGCAUGCUGAGCACGAGGAGGUGGCACAGCCAAUCAAAGCAAGAAUGCACGCUGAGCACGAAGCUCACCCUCCUGUCGACGGUCAACCAUCUGAGGCUUACCUGGAGGCAACGGACGAUGACUACCAUGAGCUUACCGGUGAAACGCGCAAGUUUGCUCACGGGCUGGUAAAAGCUCGCACGGAUUUGCAAGCAGAACUCCGUCCCUUUGAUCAAGUGCGAGUGCUUGUACGUGGCUUGAUGCAAGGAAGUCAGCCCACGCAGACGUCGUAGAGAUCAGAUCUUGCCAACGCUGCUGUCUGGACAAGACCUGCUUCAAGAUGCUUGGCCUGGGCAUCUUGAUCUUCGUCGAAGCCUCACUGUAGAAGCACCUCUUGCUGCGCCAGUCACGAGGUACUCAACCUUCGGGGCUGCAUCGCCUCUUGUGGCAGUCUCUUUGUCAUCCCGAGGCCUCCUAUCAGCCACAAUGACUUCGUAAGACACAGCUCCCCGCUGGUCUAAAAGUUCUUCUCCCCCUCAGCCUCCCUCUCACACUCCCGUUUGUCUUCCACAAAGUACGAUCGCGGCGUCAGCCUACAACCUCCUUCGCUUGUACGCCGAAUACAUCUCUUGAC